AUGCACCAUACUCUACACAAAGUAUUUGAUGCAGAAAUAAAAGAUGCAAAUUAUAAAAAAAUUAAAGAACAGAUUAUCAAAAGAAAUAAAAACUUCCAAGACAACAAAAAAAUAGUCAUUCAAAGUCUCCUAAAUAAAGAAAGAUCUAGAAUAUCAACAGACAGUUUAAUUAGAACAACCAAUAAGCAAGUUGAAGUAUUAACAGAUCCAGAAGAAAUAAAACAAGAAGUUAAAAAUGUAUUUAGUCAUUGGAUUACCCCAAAAAAUAUAGAAAACCUAGAUCAGAAUCAAGUGUGGAAACAAAUUUAUAAUCAAAACAAUGAAAUACAAGAGGAAUGGUAUCUACCAUUAACAAAAAAAUUUACAGUAGAAGAAAUUGAAGGAAUUAUCAGUAAAUUACCAAACAAAAAGGCAGCAGGUCUAUCUACAAUUACCAAUGAACUAUAG